UCACUCCAUAUUAUAGAUUCUUCUUCUUCAACCCAUAAUUCUAGGGUUUAGGUUAAGGGAAGGUUUUUGGUAUCCUCCGUUGGUGAAUUCUUUGCUGAUUUACAUACAGUUCCGAGGUAACUAGAAUCGUAGAAAGAUGAGGAAGCUGAAGUUUCAUGAGAAGAAGCUGGUGAAGAAGGCGAACUUUCUAGAAUGGAAGAGAGAGCAUGGCCACCGAGAAGCUCUUGUUAUGCAUCGCUACCACGUCACAGGAAGAGACGACUACAAGAAGUACUCAGGAUUGUGUAGAAUGACACAGAAGCUGGUGAAUAUACUGAAGCAAAUGGACGCAAGAGAUCCGUUUCGUAUUGAAAUGACCGAUGCCCUUCUCGAAAAGCUGUAUAACAUGGGUGUGAUAUCAGAACGGAAAAGUUUAGCAUUGUGUGAUAAGCUAUCAGUUUCAUCCUUCUGUAGGCGUAGACUCUCCACUGUCUUGGUCAAGCUAAAGUUUGCUGAACACUUGAAGGAAGCUGUGACAUAUAUAGAACAGGGGCAUAUUCGAGUUGGACCAGAUACCAUUACUGAUCCAGCAUUUCUGGUUACAAGAAAUAUGGAAGACUUUAUUACAUGGGUGGAUACUUCAAAGAUAAGAAGAAAGGUCUUAGAGUACAAUGAGAAGUUGGAUGACUAUGAUGCUUUGAACUCGUGAAUCCAUGAGGACACUCCAAAAAACCACACUGAAAUUUUAGUGGUUUUUCUUAUUCCUUUUCAUCAUGUAAUCUUACUCAGAAGUGCUUUCUUCUUGGCGGCUCUCAUUGAGGGCUUAGUUAACAAGCCAAUGUCCUUAUAUUUAUUACAUAAAAACAUGUUUGAAUUACAAACUAUUAAAGAAUAUGAUUGUUGUGUCAGCUGUAUCAAUCA